CGAGCGUGUUGGUCGCCGCGUCCGCGAAAAGUCACCGCCUGCGAUCGUCUUCCGAAUGACAAACUCACGAGCCGUGUCGUAUAUUAUUACAUUAUAGUUGUCCGAAACACCCCACCGGGUCAGGUGUACCGUGUACCGCUAACGUAUAUUCUAUUAUCGCAAUCAUAACAAAUCGUAAAUUGUUAGAAAAGUAUAUGAUAUAUUGUAUAUUGACUCAGUUGCGUCUUCGUUUCGCUGAUUACGAUCAAUAUAAAAUUAUAUGUUUAUAAUAGCUGUUAUAUUAUUUAUAAAAUAGAGUGGUGGAUCAAACGUAUAGUGUAGCCAAUUUUGGUUUUUUGUUUUUUUUGUUUUUUGUUUUUUUAUCAUCCCAAAUGUCGUACGAUGACGUACUACAGCAAUUUUGGUAGUGGUGGUGUGCACAAAACCACCGUCAAACACAACGGAGACGUGAUCGCUUGUCACAAGUGUGGCGGAUAUAAGGUGGUAAACCAUGUGGGCAGAAUGAGUCGGGGCCGGAGAAAAUUGUUGGUGUACGGGCUGGUCGUCGGCACGUUGCUGUUGCUGGCGUACAAGCUCCGCUCGUGUCCCGAACCCGAACCUCAAACAAUGUUCAUGAUGCCGAAAGACAAAUUCGUCACCGAUGAAAACAUGAAGAUCUACUCUUAUGAUCGAAACAUGCCACUAAUAUUCAUUGGUGGCGUGCCCAGAUCCGGCACUACGCUCAUGAGAGCCAUGUUGGACGCCCAUCCGGACGUCCGGUGUGGCCAGGAGACCCGGGUAGUUCCUAGAAUCCUGCAGAUGCGCAAUCACUGGUACAAGUCAUCCAAAGAAUCGCUUCGAUUGAAGGAAGCCGGUGUUUCUGAAGAAGUCAUAAACUCCGCAGUUGCUUCAUUCAUUCUCGAAGUAAUCGCCCGGCAUGGGGUACCGGCACCCCGACUGUGCAAUAAGGACCCACUGGCGCUUAAGUCUAUGGACUAUCUAAAGGUAUUGUUCCCCAACGCCAAGUACAUAUUCAUGGUACGCGAUGGCCGAGCUACCGUUCAUUCUAUCAUAUCGCGUAAAGUGACAAUCACUGGUUUUGACUUGAACAGCUAUAGACAGUGUCUGGAAAAAUGGGAUGACGCUAUCAGCGUUAUGUACAAAAACUGUAACAAAGUUGGAUCUGGGUACUGUUUGAUGGUAUACUACGAACAAUUGGUGUUGAGACCUCGGGCCACAUUAACCGAGAUACUCAACUUCCUGGACAUCCCGUGGAACGAGACGGUGCUCCACCAUAAUGAGAUGAUCAACAAGCCUGGAGGCAUUGCCCUAUCGAUGGUGGAACGUUCGUCCGACCAAGUGGUCAGGCCGCUGUACCAAGAAGCAUUGACCAAAUGGGUUGGCCAGAUACCCGACGACGUAGUUAACGAUAUGGCAAACAUCGCACCUAUGCUAAGCACACUCGGGUACGACCCGGCCGCCAAUCCGCCCACGUACGGCAUCCCGGAAGACACCGCCGGAUCGGAACGUCAGUAUGACACGAGUGCCAGCGGGGAUAAUUCGAAACACACCACCACGCGGAGGAGGUAGUCGAAAUACAAUACAUAUAUUAUACAUAAUUUUUUUUUUAUUUUUUUUUUUUUUUUAUUCGUUUCACACUUUUUAUUAUUAUAAUCGUUUAAAUUUUGUGUACAAUGUACAUAGGUACCUACUUUAAUAUGAUAAUAUUAUAUACAUGAACAAAAUAAUAUUUUAAUUUUGUAUUAAUAAUUACAGAACCGUUUGUCGAACGCGUGUACAUAUAGUUGGUAUUAAAUAAA